AAAUGUAAAAAGUGGUAUGUAGUACCUUAAAUAUUAAAUAGCUUUUAUUUAGAAUCAAAAACUUGAAUUAAAUCUUAGAAAUCAGAUGAGUUUAUAUUUUGGCAUAACUUGGGAAUCCCUGCUUCUAUAUCUUGAAGAUAAGUGAAAAUCUAUUUUUUCCAUAAUGUAAUAAAGGAAGACGUAGGCAGGUAUUCCUCUUCUAACCGGUAGUGCACAAUUUUGUAAUAUUGGAAAUGAUUUGAAUUAAGAGUAAUAUUUUCCUAUCAGUUGAGAGUUGUAAUUUUAGGUUUUAAAAUUUUUAGGUGAGAUUAGCAAGAUUUAUAAAGGGAAGUGUGCUAACACUGGGCCUGUGCUAAUGAGGUAGGCAUUGUUAAGCACUUGACAUAAUCUCUUAAUCUUUGCAAUUUGCAAUAAUCUCUAAUCUUUGAUUAGGUAGGCAGUUUGUGAUACACAUACUUUUUAGGUGUUGAGGAAAUUGAGGAUCAGUGAAGUUGAGUAAUUUAAGGUUACAGCUAUAAAAUGGUAGAGUCUGGAUUUGGACUCAGAUUUGUUCAACUUCAAUGCCCAAACUACAUAUGCUACACUUUCAUCCCUCUUAGGCAGUCACAGGGCCAUUUCAUUUCCUAUAAAGUAAAUUUAAAGUAUAGCCACUAUUUUUAUUUAUUUAUUCAUUUAUUUAUUUAUUUAUUCAUUCAUUCUUUAAAAAAUUUUUUUUAAAUGUUUAUUUUUGAGAGAGACAGAGACAGAGACAGAGGAAGAGCGGGGGGAGGGGCAGAGAGAGUGAGACAAAGAACUCAAAGCUAUUUAAAACUACUUGUUCUCUUUGUAGUAUAGUGUAACUGGAAUGAUAAAUAGUUCAUUAAAAUUUUAGUCAUUAAGAUGUCAUUAGUACUUGAGGAAAUGAAUACCUGAAUAUUUUGUACUUAACGAAAUAAACUGGAUAAACUGGGUAAGAGACUAAGUUUUCUUAUUUCUAUUGUGUCAGGUUUGAUUCAGUUCAUUAAGGGCCAGAAUUUGUAUCUGGCAGUAGUCCGCAUGUGUUCUCAUAAUUCUGGAUUGGUCAUUAUCAGUUGCUUAAUUGCUUACCAAACACUUUUAAUGUUUGAGUCACUGAGUUGGCUCAUGGUAUUUGUGCAUCUUGUGGUUACUGAGUCAAGAGCCAGCAGUAUGUGUUUUGGUUUCCUCACUUCCUCCACAACACUUGAUAUUGUCAGACUUUUAAAUUUUUUUCUAAUCUGGUGGGUUUGAAAUGGUAUCUGUUUGGUUUUUAUUACGUUUCCUUAAGUUGAGCCUCCUUUCAUAUAUUCAUUCAUUAUUUGUGCUUCUUUCAUGAAGUGUGUGUUCAAGUUCUUUGCCAAUUUCUUGUUUCUCUUUUUCUGAUUGACUUUUAAGACUUCUUUAUAUAUGUAAUUUUGUAUACUAAUUAUUUGCUAACUACGGGCUACAAAUAAUCUGUUUUCAAUUUGUGACUUUUCAUCUCUUUAUAGUCUUGGUAUUAGAAAAGUUCAUAAUUUUAAUGAAUUGAAAUUUUCAGCUUUUUAUGGUUUGUGCUUUUUAUAUCAUAUUUAGGAAACCCUUCUCUGCCAGACAUGCUAUAUGUUUGUAAUUUUUUUUUUUUUAUUGUUUUAAGUAAUCUCUAUCCCAGCACGGGGCUCAAACUCAUGACCCCUAGAUCAAGAAUUACAUGUUCUACAACCUGAGCCAGUCAGGCGCCCUAGUGCCUGAAGUAUUUUAAAGCAAAUCUCAAACUUUCCUGUAAAUACAUUGUUACGAACCUUUGUUAAGGCUUUCUUUUAAAAACAUAACCAUCAUGCUAUUAUCACAUUGAACAAUUAGUAAUUCCUUAAUAUAAUGUCAUCUAUAUUCAGAUUUCUCUUAUUGUGUUAAAAAUGUCACUUUACAGGCAGUUUGUUCCAUUCACAGUUCAGAUAAGGUCUGUAUUUAUCACUUAUUUGGCUUUCAUGUCUAAGCGUUUUUUAUUAUAUGAUAAUUAUCCCCUUUUCAUAUGAUUGAUUCAUUGGAGAAACCAGGCCAUUUGUCCUGUAGGUAUCCUAUGUACAUUCUCGUGUUUCUUUUCACUUGCUCCUCUUUUUUUUGUAAACUAAUAGUUAGAAGCUUGAUUUCAUUUUUUUAUUUUUAUUUAUUUAUUUAAACAAUUCUUUUGUUAAAAAAAAAUUUUUUUUAAUGUUUGUUUAUUUUUGAGAGACAGAGCAUGAGUAGGGGAGGAGCAGAGAGAGAGGGAGACACAGAAUCCAAAGCCGGCUCCAGGCUCUGAACUGUCAGCACAGAGGCUGAUGCAGGGCUCGAGCCCACAAACUGUGAGAUCAUGACCUGAGCCGAAGUUGGAUGCUUAACCGACUGAGCCACCCAGGUGCCCCUUUAUUUUUAUUUUUUGACAGUAAGGGGAACAGCACAUAGGUGGUGCUCUGUACUUUCGUUUACAUCACACAAGGAGGUAUAUAAUGAAUGGUUGUCCCACUUUUAGUGAUUUUAGUGGUUUAGUUGUUAGUUGUUCAGAUGGUGUCAGUGUGAUCCUUAUAUUAUAAAAUUCCCUAUAAAUCUUUACUUAAUAGUUUAGAAUUCACUGAUGAUACUUGAAUCAGUUAUUUAAUUAGAAGUUUUGAAAUUGUAUCAUUGUGCUAUUUCUGUCAUAUUUAUGUUUUUGAAGUAUUGUUCUUUUCUAAAGAGCUUUCCCUUAGUAGCAGGCUUAUACUGAAGUUUAGUUCCUGUUGAAAGGGGUGGAUGAGCACACUUACCAUGAUGAGCACUGAGUAAUGUAUUGAAUUGUUGAGUCAGUGUAUUGUACACCUGAAACUGAUAUAGCACUAUGUUAACCAUACUGGAAUUAAAAUAAAAACAAUAAAAAGAAAAAAAUAAAAAGGACAAAUGCUUUGUUCUUUUAAUUACCAGUUUCAGAGUAAAAAGUUAGUAUAACAGGGGUGCCUGGGUGGCUCAGUUGGUUAAACCUCUGACUUUGGCUCAGGUCAUGAUCUUGCAGCCUGUGAGUUCCAGCCCCACGUCGGGCUCUGUGCUGACAGCUGUGAGCCUGGAGCCUGCUUUGGAUUCUGUGUCUCCCUCUCUCUCUGCCCCUCCCUCAUUCAUGCUCUCUCUCUCUCUCUCUCUCUCUCUCUCAAAAAUAAACAUUAAAAAAAAUUAAAAAAAAAAGAUUAUAACAGUAGUCUCUUACAGUAGGUUAUUUUUGGGGUUUUCAGUUUUUUUUGACUGUUGGUUUUCUAAGGAUCUUUGAUUAUUAUAAACUUGGGGAUUUAUACCAUGUGUUUGAAAUAGUUAUAGUCAUUCUUUUUUUUUUCUUAAGAUUUUGUUUUUAAGUAAUUAAAAAAAAAAAAGAUUUUAAGUAAUCUCUAUACCUGGUGUGGGACUUGAACCCACAACCCUGAGAUCCAGGAGUUGGAUAUUCUACAUGUAGCCAUUUUGAUAUACAAGUUGUUUCAUCUUUGAUCAACCCUAACCAUUUCAGGUUGGUAGCUUUUUCAUAUGAACUGUAAUUUUUUUUUAAAGUUUUAUUUAUAUAAGUAAUCUCUACACCCAACAUGGGGCUUGAACUCACGACCCCAGGCGCUUCUGCCUGAACCAACCAGGCGCCCCAUGAACUAUAAAUCUUUGAAAGAUAGAGGUGCCUGGUGGCUCUGUCAUUUGGACGUCCAACUUUGACUCAGGUCAUGGUCUCAUGGUUCGUGGGUUCGAGCUAAGGGUUUGACUCUGUGUCAGACUCUGGGCUGACAGGUCAGAGCUUGGAGCCUGCUUUGGAUUCUGUGUCUCCCUCUCUCUCUCUCUGCCCCUCCCCCACUCGUGUUCGGUCUCUCUCUCAAAAAUAAAUAAACGUUAAAAUAUUUGAAAGAUGUCUUUCAUACACAACAGAUGACCCAGGUUAAUCUUAAAAAUUCUUCCUGUACAUGUGAAAAUAACCAUUUCUCUAAGAAUUAAUGCAGAAAUGAUAUUGAGAAUUCAAAAUGUAGAUGCUAGGGAUGCUCAACGAUAGUGUCUUUUUGCUUCUACAUUUUUAUUUAUUUUGAAGUUAAAAAACUUUAUUUUUUUAAGUAGGCUCCACACACUUGAAUUGGCAACCCUGAGAUCAGGAGUCACAUGCUGUACCGACAGAGCCAUCUAGGCACCCCUACAGACAUUUUUAAAAUAACAAGUUUAGGGGCACCUGGGUGGUUCAUAUGGUUGAGUGUCUGACUCUUGAUUUUGCUCAGGUCAUGAUCCCAGGGUUGAGCCCAUAUCCGGCUCCGUGCUGAGUGUGGAGCCUGCUUAAGAUUCUGUCUCUCUGUCCCUCUCUCUCUCCCCUGCUCCCCCUCUCCCCAUCUCUGCCUCUCCCCCCCACCCCCACUCUCCCUCGAAUCCGUGAACUGUGAGAUGGUGACCUGAGCCAAAGUUGGAUGCUUACCCAACUGAACCACUCAGGUGCCCCAUGAGUUCUCUUUAUGAUGAGGUUAUAAAUUACCAAUCUAAUUUCUUUAAUAGGUAUAGGGCUAUUUUUGUUUCUUCUGUAGUGAUCUUUGGCAGUUUGUGGUUUUUAUGAAAUUGGUUCAUUUCAGCCAGAUUGCCAGACUUGGCAUAAAAUUGUUUUGAUAUGGUAUUCUGUUUUAAUCUUUGUAAAUGUGUAUCGUCUCUUUCAUUCUUGAUAGCAGUAGUUUUCUUUUUUUUUCUUUUUUCUUUUUUUUUCUGAUAAGCCUUGCCCAGGGGGUUUAUCAAUUUAAUUAACCUUUGUAAAGAAUCACCUUUAGGUUUUAGUUUUCUGUUUGUUUUUCUUAGUUUUAUUUUAAUAUUUUUAAGGUUUACCCAUUUAUUUUUGAGAGAGUGCUUUUGCAUUUCAGGGGGGCAGGGCAGAGAGAGAGGGGGACAGUGAAUCUGAAGCAGGCUCUGCAUUGACAGCAGAGACCUUCAUGCUGGCCUUGAAUUCAGAAACCACGAGAUCAUGACCUGAGCCAAAGUCAGACGCUUAACCAACUGAGCCACCAAGCCUUAUUUUAUUUUUCUUUGAAAGAGAGAGAGGGGGAAUGUGCGAGUGGGGCAAAGGGGGAGAGAGAGAGAGAAGAGAGUCUUAAGCAGGCUCUACAUUCAGCACGGAGUCUGACUCAGGGCUUGAUCCCACAACCCUGGGAUCAUGGCCUGAGCUGAAAUCAAGAGUCGGUCAUUCAACUGAUGGAGCCACCAGGUGCGCUUCUGUUGUUAUUUAGAAAUGAAUUGGUGCUUUCUUUUUUAAAAAAAUCAUGUAUUUAUCUGUUUUGAGAGAAAUAGUGAGUGAGGAAGGAGCAGAAGGAGAUGGGGAGAGAGAGAAACCCAAGCAGGCUACUGCUGUCAGUGUGGAGCCUGAUGUGGGGCUUGGCCUCAGGUUUUAAGGUUUAUCCAUUUAUUUUUGAAAGAGUGCAUGAGUGUAGGGGGAGGGCCCAGAGAGAGAGAGGAACAGUGGAUCUGAAGUGGGCUCUGCACUGACAGCAGAGAUCCUAGUGCGGGCCUUGAACUCAUGAACCAUGAGGUCAUGACCUGAGCCAAAGUCAAGAGUCAGAUGUUUAACUGACUGAGCCACGCAGGCACCCUCUAUUUAUUUUUGAAAGAGAAGUAGAAAGAGCGCUCACCAGUGGGAGUUGGGGGAGGGGCAGAGAUAGAGGAGAGAGAAUCCUAACCCACCUCGACUCAGGGCUUGAUCCCAUGAACCAUGAGAUCAUGGCCUUAGUUGAAAUCAAGAGUUGGAUGCUGAACAAACUGAGUCACCCAGGCACCUCAGAAUUGAUGCUUUAUUUGAAGUCAGUGGUGUUCUGAGUUUUAAUGUCGGCCUAAUCAAUGGUUAGGUUGUGCUACAAGCACUAUGGUUUUGUUGUGCUACAAGCAGGUUUCCAAACUGCCUGUGUUGCUUUUGGUGCUAAUAUUUCCCAUAUUCCUGGAAAUCAUAUACACCCUUUACAUUAUAGGUAAGUUAGCUGGAUUGUACGUAGUUGGAUAAUUUAUGCAUUGUGUUAGAGUUGACAAAAUUGUUACAGAGGUGAGAAAUUUUAAAGAUUUAUGCUUACAUUUAUAUUGGAAGUAAUUCUAUACGACAUAUAGUCCACAUGUUGAACUUUCAUAUUUGGAAUGUCUUUUUUUUUUUUUUAAGUUUAAAAAAUUUUUAAAAAAUGUUUAUUCAUUUUUGAGAGAGGGAAAGAGAGAGAGAGUGUGAGCAGCAGAGAAAGAGGGAGAUAUAGAAUCUGAAGCAGGCUCCAGGCUCUGAGCUGUCAGCACAGAGUGCAACGCCAGGCUUGAACCCACGGACUGAGAGCCCGACCUGCAUGAGCCGAAGUCAGAUGCUUAACUGACUGAACCACCCAGGCGCCCCUUUAAUGUUUGUUUAUUUUUGAGAGAGAGGGAGGGAGACACAGAAUCCGAACCAGGCUCCAGGCUCUAAAUUGUCAGCACAGAGCCUGACUCCGGCUCAUACUCCGGAACCAAGAGAUCAUGACCUGAGCCGAAGUCGGAUGCUUAACCAAUUGAGCCACCCAGGUGCCCCCCCUUUUUUUUUUCUUUUGAAAACACAGGUUUGCCUAUUUUAUCUAUCUAUCAAUCAAUCAAUCAAUUACCCAGGCACCUGGGAUAUUAUUAAGUAACUGUUCCAGUAAUCUGGUAAGAUUUGAUUCUCUAUUUGACAUGGAUAUGAAAAGGUUGUACUGUAUAUAUAUAUUUUAAAAUGGACAUAGUCCACUACAUUGAAGUUUUAGUGAUGUGCUGUGAUUUUUUUUUUUUUUUUAGUCUAAAUUAGUAUGUAUACCAGUAUCUUCAUUCUUUUUAAAAGUUUAUUCAACUUUUAAUGAUGGUGGGAGAAGAAACUUAGUGAAAUAUAUUUUUUUAAAUGUUUGUUUAUUAUUUUGAGAGACAGACACAGAGUGUGAGCAGGGGAGGAGCAGAGAGAGGGAGACACAGAAUCUGAAGAAUCAGGCUCCAGGCUCUGAGCUGCCAGCACAGAGCCCGCCAUGGGGCUUGAACUCAUGACCCAUGAGAUCAUGACCUGAGCUGAAGUCAGACGCUGAACAGACUGAGCCACCCUGGCACCCCGGAAUAUUUUCUUAUUAUUUGAAGGAUGAUAGACUUUUGAUUAUUUUCCAGGAGAGUUGCAAAAGAUUUAGUACAUAAGUAUGCUGAAAUCAUAUAUUUAACCUUUAUAGAGAAUUUUCCAUUUGAUUGCCAGGAACUCAUAAGUUAAUAUAAAAAUAAAUGGUUUUCGGGUCACCUGGAUGGCUCAGUUGGUUAAGUGUCUGGCUCUUGGUUUCAACUCAGAUCGUGAUCUGAGUUAUGGGUUCAAGCCCCAAGUUGGGCUCUAUGCUGGCAGUGUGGAGCCUGCUUGGGAUUCUCUCUCUCUCCACCCCCCCCCCUUUUUCCUCCCCUCCCCCACUCACGUGCUCUCUUGCAAAAAUAAAUAAAUAAACAAAAAUAAAUGGGUUUCAAAAAAUUUAGAAAAAUGAGUUUCUUACUGUAGGUGAUGGUCUUUUGGAAUCACCUUUCUUUGUUCUAUAGAGUAAGUACAAGCCAUUGAAAUGUGGCUUUAUUAAAAUAAGAUUUAGGAAGGUGAGGAGGUGUCAGUAGAUGCUGGUGAGUAACUAUUGCUUGUAUUAUGUUAUUUAAUCCUUAUAAUAACCCUCCUUAGUUUCACUCCAUUGUACUAUUUAAUUUCUAAUAUUAUAAAUCUUUUUUUUAUUUGUAAGAAGAAUAUGUUAAGUUUUGUUACCAGAUAGAAAUUACAACCUGUUUUGAUAGAUAACUAUAAAGUACCUAAGAUUAAUGAAAAGAUCUGUGUGUUUUUUGUGUCUUUUUAUUAGAAAUCAUUUCAGAUUAAGGUUUCUCAGUUGUAAAAUAAAGAAGGAAGAUUCUGUUGUGUACAGUGGUUUCCUCCCCCACCCGCCAUCCACAAGGGGAUAUGUUCUAAGACCCUCAGUGGAUGCCUGAAACUGUGCAGUUGUCCAGUUUAUAUACAGAUGGUCCCCAACUUAUAAUGGUUUGAUUUACAAUUUUUUGGUUUUAUGAUGUGAAAGCAAUAUGUUUUCAGUAGAAAUCAUACUUUGAAUUUUGAAUCGUGAUUUUUUUCCCAGGUUAUGGUAUGAUACUCUCUUAUAAUGCUGGGCAGUGAUAGCCAGCUGCAGCUCUCAGUCAGCCAUGUGAUCAUGAGGGUAAACAGCUUAUACGCUUAUAACCAUUUUGUACCCAUAUAGCUGUUUUUCACUUUCAGUACAGUAUUCAAUAAAUUACAUGAGAUAUUCAACACUUUAUUAUAAAAUAGACUUUGUGUUACAUUAUUUUGUCCAAGUAUAUGCUAAUGUAAAGUGUUGUGAGCACGUAUAAGGUAGGCUCAGCUAAGCUAUGGUGUUCAGUAGGUUAGAUGUAUUAAUUGUAUUUGUGACAGGAUUUUUUUUCUUUUUUUUUUUUAUUAAUUUUUUUAACGUUUUAUUUAUUUUUGAGACAGGGAGAGACAGAGCAUGAACAGGGAGGGUCAGAGAGAGGGAGACACAGAAUCUGAAAGAGGCUCCAGGCUCUGAGCUGUCAGCACAGAGCCCGACGCGGGGCUUGAACUCACGGACCGCGAGAUCAUGACCUGAGCUGAAGUCGGCCGCUUAACCGACUGAGCCACCCAGGCGCCCCAGGAUUUUUUUUUCAAUUUACGAUGGUUUUAUUGAGAUGAAACUCUGUUCUAAAUGGCUUCUAAGAAGUUGGGUGCAGAUUUUCAUGGGACUUUCAGUUACCUUGAUGAUGUCCCAUUUAAGAUAGGAGACAAAUUCAAAACACCAGCUAAAGUUGGUCUACCUAUUGGCUUCUCCUUGCCUGAUUGUUUGCAGGUUGUCAGAGAAAUACAGUAUGACUUCUCCUUGGAAAAGAAAACUAUUGAGUGGGCUGAAGAUAUUAAGAAAAUCCAAGAAGCCCAGCGGGAAGCAGAGCGUAAGGCUGAGGAAGUAGAAACUAAAGUGAAUUCUAAGAGUGGCCCAGAGGGCGACAGCAAAAUGAGCUUCUCCAAGACUCACAGUACAGCCACAAUGCCACCUCCUAUUAACCCCAUCCUUGCCAGCUUACAGCACAACAGCAUCCUCACCCCGACUCGGGUCAGCAGCAGUGCCACGAAACAGAAAGUUCUCAGCCCACCCCACACAAAGGCAGAUUUCAAUCCUGCUGACUUUGAGUGUGAAGAAGACCCAUUUGAUAAUCUGGAGUUAAAAACUAUUGAUGAGAAGGAAGAGCUGAGAAACAUUCUGGUAGGAACCACUGGACCGAUUAUGGCUCAGUUAUUGGACAAUAACUUGCCCAGAGGAGGCUCUGGGUCUGUGUUACAGGAUGAGGAGGUCCUGGCAUCCCUGGAGCGGGCAACCCUAGAUAUCAAGCCUCUUCACAAACCCAAUGGCUUUAUAACCUUACCACAGUUGGGCAACUGUGAAAAGAUGUCGCUGUCUUCCAAAGUGUCCCUCCCUCCCAUUCCUGCAGUAAGCAAUAUCAAAUCCCUAUCCUUUCCCAAACUUGACUCUGAUGAUAGCAAUCAGAAGACAGCCAAGCUGGCAAGCACUUUCCAUAGCACAUCCUGCCUCCGCAAUGGCACCUUCCGGAAUUCCCUAAAGCCUUCCACCCAAAGCAGUGCCAGUGAGCUCAAUGGGCAUCAUACUCUUGGGCUUUCAGCUUUGAACUUAGACAGUGGCACAGAGGUGCCAACCCUGACUCCCUCAGAUCUGAUCUCCCAGAUGCCUUCCCUCUCUGUCUUGUCUGUGUGCACAGAAGAAUCAUCACCUCCAAAUACAGGUCCCACGGUCACACCUCCUAAUUUCUCAAUGUCACAAGUGCCCAACACUCCCAGCUGUCCCCAGGCCUAUUCUGAACUGCAGACACUGUCCCCCAGUGAGCGGCAGUGUGUGGAGACCGUGGUCAACAUGGGCUACUCAUAUGAGUGUGUCCUGAGAGCCAUGAAGAAGAAAGGAGAGAAUAUUGAGCAGAUUCUCGACUAUCUCUUUGCACAUGGACAGCUCUGUGAGAAGGGCUUCGACCCUCUUUUAGUGGAAGAGGCUCUGGAAAUGCACCAGUGUUCAGAGGAAAAGAUGAUGGAGUUUCUUCAGUUAAUGAGCAAAUUUAAGGAAAUGGGCUUUGAACUGAAAGACAUUAAGGAAGUUCUGCUACUACACAACAAUGACCAGGACAAUGCUUUGGAAGACCUCAUGGCUCGGGCAGGAGCCAGCUGAGACCAGGCGCUGCGUAGGCCCUGCCAUGGAACCACCCCCGCAGGAGGCCCUGAGGAUCCCAUGUGUGGGGAAGGAGAAGGGACACACUUCCCGAUUUUCUUUUGGGGGUGGAAGGUCAGGCGUGGAGACUGUGCUUGCCAGUCUGAGCUGGGGAGAAAGUAGGGAAGAUUUGGGCAUGUGAAUGCCUCCAGAACUGCUCUGGCUCCUUCCAUAUUAAAUGUAUUUGUAUUUUGAGAAGUGACCUUCCCACCUUGGCCCUCCAGAGAGACUUCCCUGGUCCUUCUGGGGUCUGUUUGUCCUCAGCCGAAACCUGGCCCAGCUGCCAAAAGGAGUCAGGAAGAAGGGGUGGGAGGGCCAGACUCUGCUGCUUUAGGGCUAGAUGCUUCCCUCCCCUGCACUGGUGGACUGAACUCUGAUCCAGGUUGAGUGCAAUUGAAAGGUUCUUCCAGGGUUUUUUUUUUUUUUUUCUUU